CGCUGACGCGGAGGAGCCGGGCCGUCACCUCUCUCCCCAAACCCUGGAUUACUCCCGCCGAGGACCUCGCAGCUUCCCCUGGUCUGCCUGCCGCGGGGCUGGCGUCGCUGUCUCCCGAACUCUCCUUGGGAAAGUGUCUCGGGCUCCCCGGCCCCGGAGUCUGCGCUCUGCCCCCCGGGACCGCCGCGGGCCGCGCUCCACUGUGGAUUAUAACUGCAACAUGACCCUGGAAGAGCUGGUGGCGUGCGACAACGCGGCGCAGAAGAUGCAGACGGUGAGCGCCGCGGUGGAGGAGCUGCUGGUGGCCGCGCAGCGCCAGGAUCGCCUCACCGUGGGGGUGUACGAGUCGGCCAAGCUGAUGAAUGUGGACCCUGACUGCGUCGUCCUGUGCCUGCUGGCCAUCGACGAGGAGGAGGAGGAUGACAUCGCUCUGCAGAUCCACUUCACCCUCAUCCAGUCCUUUUGCUGUGACAACGACAUCAACAUCGUCCGGGUGUCUGGCAUGCAACGCCUGGCCCAGCUGCUGGGCGAGCCCGCGGAGACCCAGGGCACCACGGAGGCGCGGGACCUGCACUGCCUCCUGGUCACGAACCCGCACACGGACGCCUGGAAGAGCCACAGCCUGGUGGAGGUAGCCAGCUACUGCGAAGAGAGCCGGGGUAACAACCAGUGGGUCCCGUACAUCUCCCUGCAGGAGCGCUGAGCCCCGCCCGGCAUCACAACCUGUCAACUUGCUGCCAAAAAAAAAUUAAAAUAAAUAUUUGACACGCCCCUCCGCCCAGAACAACUCCCCCCAAACAAACUAACCUGCGAGACCAUCGGGGGCAGCGUCACUGGAGACUGGAGACACGGAGGGAGAGGGGCGUGCACAGCCCCGGGAGCAGCCGAGCCUGGAGCGGCGGCCAGGGCGAGAGGAGACAGGGAGCUCGGCCUGCAGGAGGGGGCCCGGAGCUCAGGCCGACGGCGCAGGAGCUGCAGGGGGAGAGGACACGCACUCCCGCGCCCCGGGCGGUGCCGCCGAUGGCACCCCCAUGCGCCCAGAGGCCGGAGCAAACGCAAACGGGCCUGGCGGACGGACGAGGGUCCAGCCCUCGCCAGAACUAGACUUGGGGACUUGGGGACUGGGGCCGAGGUCGCUCGGCACCCACGGACUCCCAGUUUGCAAACUGCAUAGACGAUCUAUUUUGUUACGUGCACUGUGACUUGAACCACUGAGAGAGGCCGGAAGCUUACAGAUACAUCUAUUUUACGUCUAUGGUGACGAUGACCUUGUAAUAAAUUUCUAAAGCUUC